AUGUCGUCGCCUAGAUUCGCGGAAGAGCCCUCUUACGGCUCGCGCCCGCCGGUUCCCGAUACCGGUGCGAAUUUCCAUUUCAACCAGCAGAACCUUGAACCCCACAGCGCAUACAACGCGGAUACCGAUGGCACCACCACGCCGGCCUACUACGGAGCGUCGACGAACGGCGCAAACACCCCUCCGGUUCCCGGCCAAGACUGGCCGGAUAGGUCUCGGCACGAACUCACUUCCUCAAACACCAGCCAAGUUGCACUCCACCUCUCCCAGCACAAGCUCAGCAUCGACGACGACAACGAGAAGCUCAAGAUGGGUUCCGAUGAAGAGGGCGGAGCGCACGGCAAGGUGUCCCUGAGGGAACGUCUCUCCCACGUCACAUGGGCAUGGUUCACCACGACCAUGAGCACAGGAGGCCUCGCACUCGUGCUUGGGUCGGCGCCCAAGACAUUCGACGGGCUCGAGGUCAUCGGCAAGACCAUCUUCAUCUUCAACAUCAUCCUUUUCGUCUUCCUGUCCAUGGCCAUUGCAGCGCGUUUCGCCAUGUGCCCGCAGGCAUUCCGCAACUCGCUCCUCGACGGCCACGAGGGCUUAUUCAUGCCCUGCUUCUUCCUCACCAUUUCCACCAUGAUCAACAACGUCCAAAUAUACCUGGUUCCCGGGGUGGAAGAGUUCCUCGAAAAGGUCAUGAGAGACGUGUUCUGGGCAUACAUCGCAGUCACGCUCUCUCUGGCAGUCGGAUUCUACUGGCUCAUCUGGACGACGCCGGAGAUCAACAACAAGCUUCACGCGGACAAGAUGGGCCCGGGUUGGAUGCUUCCCAUCUUCCCCAUCAUGUUGUCUGGCACCAUUUCGCAGGUGGUCGGCCCGGCGCAGCCAGCCAAGGACGCCAUGCCGAUCAUCAUAGCUGGCAUCGCCUUCCAGGGACUGGGCUGGUUUGUGGCCUCGUGCUGCUCGACCAUUUGGAUUUACAGGCUGUUCCGCUCGGGACCGCUGCUGCCCAACGUGCGGCCGGCCAUGUUCAUGUUGGCUGGCCCGCCGUCCUUCACGGCGCUGGCGCUCAUCGGCAACGCCAACGCACUCCCCGAAGACUACCACUACUUUGUGUCGCACCCGAUGGCCAAGGAGAUUCUCGUCAUUGUCGGAACGUGGGCGGCCGUCUUCUUGUGGGCUCUGGCCUUCUGGUUCUUCCUCAUCGCGGUGGUGGCGUGCCUGACGGCCAUCCCGCGCAUGUCCUUCGCGGUGCCGUGGUGGGCGUUCGUCUUCCCCAACGUCGGCUUCACGGUUGCGACCAUCAAGAUCGGCACGGAGCUCGAGAGCGACGCCAUCGUCUGGCUCGGCACCGUCAUGAUUGCCUUCCUGGCUGUCAUGUGGCUCUUCGUGGGCGCGGCGCAAAUCAGAGCGAUUCACCUGCAGCUGGUGCUCUACCCCGGGAAGGAUGAGGAUGCGCACCAGCCCCAAGUUGCCGGGAAGCACCCGCACUAA